AGAGCGGGGCGAAAGCAGCAUCAGUGCCGGGAGAAGAAGAAUGUUUCCCAAAAGGAAAUACAUGGAUGGAGGUGAUGGGCGUGAAAUGGGGUUGAAGCGACCACAAUUUGAUUCGAGUUCCUCAUUUUUUGGGGCUUCUGUUGGAUCAAGUCUCAUGUACAAUCCUUCUUAUGCUUAUGCUGGCCAACCUCCACCAUUCCCCGUUGUCCGAUUGCGCGGCCUUCCUUUUGAUUGUUCGGAAGCAGAUGUUAUUGACUUCUUCUGUGGUCUGGACAUACUCGACAUUCUCUUUGUUCAUAAAGGUGGUCGGUUCAGUGGGGAAGCUUUUUGUGUAUUGGCAUAUCCUCUGCAAGUAGAUUUUGCCAUUCAGAGAAAUAGGCAGAACAUGGGUAGGAGGUAUAUUGAGGUUUAUAGGAGUAAGAGACAGGAAUAUUACAGUGCCGUUGCACAUGAAGUUUCUGAUAUGAGGGGUGGUUCUCCACGUCGCAGUGCUCCGAGGGCAAGGUCAGCUGAUGGUGGGAAGGAUUUAGUUGAGCAUACUGGAGUUCUACGGAUGAGGGGAUUGCCAUAUUCUGCUGGGAAAGAUGAUGUGAUGGACUUUUUUAAGGACUACGAACUCUCAGAGGACUGUGUUCAUAUUGUGCUGAACUCCGAUGGCAGGCCAACAGGGGAAGCUUUUGUCGAGUUUGCAAAUGCAGAAGAUUCAAAAUCUGCAAUGGGAAGGGAUAGAAUGACACUCGGAAGUCGUUAUAUAGAGUUGUUUCCUUCAACUCCCAAGGAGAUGGACGAUGCUAUUAAACGGUGAGGCUGGUGAACGGUAACAAGGAGAUCAGGUUUACACCCAGUAGUUGGUAGAUUUCUGAAGUUACUCUAUUGUUUAUGCUAUGCUUUUGUAUUGAAAACUUGUUGCAACAUAUCAUAUCAUCUGAUGUAUGACAAUGCUGGUCUGACCAACGCAUGGUUGAUCCAACAUUAGAUUAUCUCAUGGUGUGUUCAAUCUGGUUAAUUGCAAAAAAAGAAGGGGUUAGAUCUAUUA